AUGAGCAACGAAAAGGGAGUCGCCGAGAACAUGCUUUGGGGAGGUCGCUUCACCCAGGGCCUCGACCCCCUCAUGGUGCAGUACAAUGAGUCUCUGCCCUACGACCGCAUCAUGUGGAAGCAGGAUAUUGCUGGCUCAAUCGCAUUCGCCCGCGCCAACAUGAAGAACGGCAUCCUGACACAGCACGAGUUCGCCGAAAUCGAGCGCGGCUUCGCCCAGAUCUCCGAGGAAUGGCGCACAGAUACCUUCGAGCCCAAGCCUAACGACGAGGAUAUCCACACCGCCAACGAGCGUCGUCUUGGUGAGAUUAUCGGAAAGGAGAUUGGUGGCAAGCUGCACACUGGUCGCUCGCGCAAUGAGCAGGUCGCUACUGAUAUGCGUCUGUGGUUGCGUGAUGAGUUGCGCGUGCUCGAUUCUCAGCUUUGCGACCUGAUUAAGGUUUCUGUUGCUCGUGCUGAGAAGGAAAUUGACUACCUCAUGCCCGGUUAUACCCAUUUGCAGAAGGCUCAGCCUGUUCGCUGGGCUCACUGGAUGCUGUCGCAUGCUACUGCUUUUGCUAGUGAGUUGCAGCGCCUGCGCGAGGUUAUUGCUCGUGUGAACCGCAGCCCUCUCGGAUGUGGUGCUUUGGCAGGUAACCCUUUCAACAUUGACCGUGAGGCCAUGGCUAAGGAGCUUGGUUUCGAUGGUCUGCUGUAUAACUCUAUGAACACUGUUGGAGACCGUGAUUUCGCCAUGGAGACCAUGCAGUGGGGUAGCUCUUUCAUGCUGAAAAUCUCUCGCUGGGCCGAGGAUUUGAUUAUCUACAGCAGCUUGGAGUUCGGAUUCGUGCGUCUGUCCGACGCUUACUCUACUGGAUCCUCUUUGAUGCCCCAGAAGAAGAACGCAGACAGCCUUGAGCUCCUUCGUGGCAAGUCUGGCCGUGCCUUCGGUCAAAUGGCUGGCCUGAUGAUGACCAUCAAGGGUCUGCCUACUACCUAUAACAAGGAUCUGCAGGAGAGCAUUGAGCCCCUGCUCGACCACAUUAAGACCGUCAGCGACAGUAUCCUGAUCGCUACCGGUGUUCUGUCUACACUGACUGCCAACCCCGAGAAGAUGGCUGCCGCUCUGGCCCCUGAGAUGCUGGCCACCGAGUUCGCAGACUACCUUGUUCGCAAGGGUGUUCCUUUCCGUGAGGGCCACCACAUCUCCGGCCGUGUCGUUCAACUGGCUGAGAGCACCAAUGUUCCCAUGGAUACACUCACUCUGGAGCAGCUUCAGGGUAUUGAUGCUCGCUUCGGUGAGGAUGUCCAGGCUUGUCUCGACUAUGAGCGCGCUGUAGAGUUGAAGGAUGCCAUCGGUGGCACCAGCAAGCGUGCUGUUAUGGAGCAGACUGGCGUGUUGAAGAAACUCCUGUAG